GGCCCCCCCCAAAACUCAAGGGGAAAGAAAAUGGCGACGGGCUCCGUGUUGAAGCAGCUCCGCAGGCGUUCGACGAAGCUCUUGGUCUCGCCCGCUGAUCUUGCCGCCUUCUUCGAAGCUCCGUCGCUCGCGAGCUCACAGCGGCACAGGGCCUACACUAGCUCGCGGAACGGAACUCGCAGCGGUGGAGGCGCCAAAAGCUCGAUCCCUUCCUCCGAGCCCUCUCUCGCUCGCUCCGCUCCUCAUUGUCGGCCGAGAAAGAAUGGAUUCCUCGCCUGGUACCUGGGCAUGCUCGAGGCUCGGCCUCUCGUCACCAAGUGCGUCACGUCCUCGCUCAUUUACGCCGCCUCUGAUCUGACUUCCCAGAUGGUUACAUUGCCGCCUUCCGGUUCUUUGGACCUGAUAAGAACGCUGCGUAUGACCGCGUAUGGAUUGGUUAUAUUGGGUCCUAGCCAGCACAUGUGGUUCAACUCUGCGUCGAGAGUCCUACCACAGCGAGAUGUGGUUACUACUCUGAAGAAAAUAUUCAUGGGGCAGGCAAUAUAUGGACCUUGCAUCACCACGGUCUUCUUCUCAUACAAUGCGGGUCUACAAGGUGAAACUUUUGGUGAUAUUGUUGGCAGAUUGAGGAGAGAUCUGCUGCCGACCAUAAGAAACGGCGUUUUAUUUUGGCCUAUUUGCGAUUUUUUCACAUUCAAGUUCAUCCCUGUGCAUUUACAGCCAUUGGCGAACAGUUCUUGUUCAUAUGUGUGGACCAUUUAUUUAACAUACAUGGCGAGCUUGAAAAAAGCGAGUUCUGACUGAAGAUGGGAUUUGCAAACUCCAACUGCAUACAUUGUUUACCUCCAAACUUGGGGAAGUGAAGAAUGCAAAAGAUUAGUUUGUCCCAAGUUCAAUCCUUGUCGACAGCGCAAUCAAUCUCCAUGAAUGGUUGGGGUGUAGGAUUCAUUUAAUCAUGCCAUGUCAUAUUCUCUUAUCAGUUUAGAAAGAAAAUUUUGCUAAGUUUCGUCAUCCAAACUUUUCAAAUUUGAAGAGCUGUUGUAUCAUUGUUAUCAUCAAGAAUCAAGCAUUCAUUAGUUCUGUGGCCUUUGAUAACCAUGGUCUCUGAUGGUAUGAACAACAUUUAGCUUGUUUCCCUCUGGACUGAUCGAUAAGGAUGAUGAAGCGUGUCCAGAGUAGCACAGAACAGUUGCAGCAACUAGAGGUUUCUGUACUUUUUAUUUUUACUUUUCAUUUUCGUGUGACCUCAACUACGCCUUUGGUGUAUUGAUUACUCUCUCACCAGAGAUGGUUGAAGCCAAGUUCUUAGUCAUUUGAGUGAGGCUCCUGAUAUUAAGUUUCUGAGGCUGUGUGGUUGUUUUCGGUUUUCUGCAUGCUUAGUUGCAUGAAACUCAAUAGCUGUGAACCACCCUGAAUAUUUCUGAUUUAAUUCUGAUGGAUAAUGGGAAUCAGAUCGAGUAUAAUGAAA